GGCCAUGGCGGACGUUCCGACGCGGCUGUCUCCAGACCUGCCGGACGAGAUUGUCCACGAGAUCCUCUUCCGUCUCCCGCCGGACGACCCCGCGGGCCUCGCCCGCCUCUCUCUCCUCUCCAAGCCCUGGCGCCUCCUCCUCGCCGACUCCUCCUUCCACCGUCGCUACCGCCAGUUCCACCGGAAACCUCCAAUGCGUGGCUUCUUCCACACGCUCUAUGGUAGGGGGAUGAUGGCCAGCGGCUUCGUCCCUACCACAAGCUCCUGCCCCCAGCCCAUCCCCGACCGCAGCCCGGCUCACUACGGAGUGUGUGACAGCCGCCACGGCCGCGUUCUCCUCGACGAUGGUGCAGCGCCUAUUCGGCUCGUGGUAUGGGACCCCAUGACGGGCCUCCGGACUACGCUGAGCCCCAGCGACCAUGUUGACAGAUCGAUCUACGUCGGCACCGCGGUGCUCUGCGCCGUGGACGGCUGCGACCACGCCGCCUGCCACGACGGCCCCUUCCGCGUCGUCUAUGUCGGCGUCCGCUCACACGAGAAGGCCGUCGCCAUCGUGUACUCCUCCGAGACCGGCAAGUGGGGCACGCCCACCUCCGAGCUUCAGCUCGUCAAGAACUGCUACCUCGACAUGUGGCCCAGCGUGCUCGUCGGAGACGGCCUGCACUUCCUCCUUACAAAACAUGGCUCCAGAAUUCUCAAGUACCAUCUAGACACACAUCACCUCUCGUUGAUCGAAAUGCCACCGGACAUGGCAGUGUGCAAGCGAGGCCCCAUCCUCAUGGCGGCCGAGGAUGGCGGACUUGGAAUCGCCCACCUGCUGGACAAGAAGAAGUUGGAGCUCUGCCUGUGGUCCCGGGAGUCAGCUCUCGACGGAGCUGCGGCAUGGACACGGCGUAGAGUCAUUGACCUCAAGCCGUUUGUGCCCGUCAAGAGGAAGAGGAACCCCGCGAUCAAAGUAGAGCUGGUUGGCUCCCUGGAGGGUGCCGAUGUAAUCUUCGCAACCAUGGCUCUUGGCGUCUACGUCCUUGAUCUCAAGCUGUUGCAGUUGCAGCCAAAGAAGGUGUGUGAGAUUGAGCCAGGAUACUUUCGAGAACUAUAUCCUUUCACGGGCUUCUGCAUUCCAACUCCACCAGGACUAGAUGCGUGACAAGCUCUUCUACAAGAGGGCACAAUCAAUAAUUUGUUGCAACACGCCGGCAAGGAGUGUUGAACAGAGACCAAUGGUGUGGGCCGUCAAUAAUGGGAGGGAUGAUCGCCUGGAGGCAACUAGGGCUCUUGCGAUGCCGUACUGAACUAUAUAUUUCAGGAGCAGCUAGGUGUUUUGGUUGUUUCCCAUGUUUUCUUUUUGCCUUUGUGAACAAGCUUGA